AUGCGCAGUUUAUCCCUUCUCUCAUUGACGGUGCUCGCAGCCACCUCAGCUCUGGCCCACCAGGCAUCAAAUGGCUGCAGAGCUUUAAUUGGCAGUCUGGCUGAUGCGACCUUCCAUACCAGCGAUGUAGUCUAUGCCUACGAGACACAAAAUUUCUGGUCCAGCACCGAGAUCAUGUCUCCUGGCUGCGUGUUUCGCCCGCAAUCAACCUCCCAGCUGGCUGACGGCCUGCAGAAACUCGUUCAGGCCAAUGCGCAGUUUGCUGUGCGCGGUGGUGGUCAUAUGGGUAUCCGGGGAUCGAAUAAUAUCGACGACGGUGUUCUGAUCGUCUUGUCCAAUCUGACUACGAUGGCGUUGUCGCAGGACCACUCCGUCCUCUCGCUGGGUCCUUCGUACUGCUGGAUCGAUGUUUACGAGUAUCUCGAGCUGUACGGUCUGGCGGUAGCUGGAGGCCGUCUGGGUCCCGUCGGCGUACCUGGUCUGCUUCUCGCCGGUGGGAUCAGCUUCUACGGCAACCAGGUUGGCUGGGCUUGCGACAAUGUCAUCAACUAUGAAGUCGUCCUAGCCGAUGGGUCGGUGGCCAAUGCCAACAAGACCAGCCACCCGGAUCUGUUCUGGGCCUUGAAAGGAGGUAGCAGCAACUUCGGGAUCGUGACUCGCUUCGAUCUCCAGACGAUCCAGUCACCCAAGAUCUGGGCUGGUACGCACACCGUGGCUGCGGAACACGUGGACCGUUUUCUUCAGGCUGUGGCGACCUACGCGGCCAACAUCUCCGACCCCAAGUCCCAUAUCGUCCCCGCGUUGGUCCCCGGCGACUCUUUACUCGCAUCAGUGAUCCUCUUCUACGACAGCGAAGGCGUUGCCUACCCGAACAUCUUCAACCCAUUCACCGACAUCCCCGCCGUCAGCAGCACGCUUGCCUUCAAGACCCUGGCCGAGUUCGCAACCGAACUAGGCGCCAUGGUCGUCCCGGGCAUCAACGACGUCUUCGCCGGCACCGUCGUCGGAACAACCUACGCCGACCUCCUCCGCGGCAUUACAAUCAUCAACCAGACCUUCUUCGCCGGGCUCCCCAAGCUCUACGCCCAGAUCCCCGCCGCCAACAUCUCCACUAUCCAGCUGGACUGGCAGCCGAUCGGCGCAUCGUGGAUGGCCGCUACAGCCGCGCGCGGUGGCAACGCGCUCGGCCUCGAUGCGUCCAAGGUGUAUCUGUGCUAUGCGGAGGUGGUGGAGUGGAUCGGCUCUGCGUAUGAUGAGAUCGUUGCUGCGUGGAUCGAGGAGACGACAUAUAGGAUCAACAAUGCCACGCGGGCGGCGGGUUUGUAUGACCCGUUCAACUACAUGGGUGACGCGGCGGGUUUCCAGUCCGUCUUCCCUGGAUAUGGAGCGGAGAACUUGGAGAAGUUGCGAGUAGUUGCGCAGAGGUAUGAUCCGCAUUCGGUGUUUCAGACUCUCAUGCCAGGAGGGUUUAAGGCGUUCUAG